GAUAUGGCUGUUCUCGAGGCUGUACGAGGAUGGGACAGUUUGAACCCCGAUGCGAAGAAAGAGGAACCCUCGGAAUCAGGCGAGCAAGCUAGUACACCAGCGCCACAAGAGCCCGAAACAAAUGAAUGGAAUGAAUCCACUAUCUCGUCUCUUUUGAAAGAGGACAUCGUUUCUCUACUAUUGCAGCACGACGCACAUAUAGCAGAAGAGGACGGCUCUUCGGAGGAGUGCAAUGAGAUGACAACUGAAGGGCAAUUAUUCUCACCAAUGCAAGUUUCAAAGGAAAGUCUAGUGAGUCGCCGAGCAACAGAAGAAUGGGAAUAUUGGCACAAUCAGUACCAUUCGAUACAUGUCGGAGACCCUCAACCUGUCGAACGACUACUAGGAGACACAGUCGUGGUGGUCUACUCCUCAAAUACCCUGGACGUAUUGGCUGCGCUUCAUGGCGCUGGAUGCUGGGCCGAGUCCAGCAAGAAUCCGGACGGGCCUCUCACUGGGAUCGGUUCCAGUGUAUCCGGUAGUUGCGCUAGUAUUCCUCUGUUGAACGGUAUUGAAGCGUUAACUUCCAUCUUUGAGACCUUCAUCGCUGAUACAGCAACAGAAUCACAAAAAGGCAAUGAGCAUGAAAAUCAAAUUAAUGUUCAAGUGGGUGCCAUAACGAUGACUCUGGACGAAGAGGAAGAUGGGAUGAGAUCCAGUAAGGAGACAAAAGACCUCGCUCACCAGUCGUUGAGCAAAGAUUUAGCCCGCCUAUUUGUCGCAUUUACUACAUCCUCUAUGGCAGUGGCAAGCUUUACGUCUGAGGAUAAUGAGCCCUCGGUGUGCUACGUGGCCCUAUGGGAACGACGAGAGACAAGUGCAUCUGUUGCUGUCUCGGGGGAAUCCGUAAAUGACAAACUCCGCGGUGUCUUGCCAGCUCGGCAGUCAUUAUACGUGCCUUCCGGUGCGGGAACUUGGAAAUGUCUUAGUGGAGACAAGGAAAUUCCAUGGUCGAAGGUGAAUGACGAUUUUUGCGACUGUCCAGACGGCAGUGACGAACCAGGUAAGAUGGAUUCGUUCUUCGGACUUUUGGCCAGUGUCACGAAGCUAAGACUAGUGGCCACUUUAGAAAAGGAAUGCUGUGACGGAUCCGACGAGUCCUUCGGAGUCUGUCCUAAUAUAUGCGAAGAAGUUGGAAAGGAGCAUAGAAAGAAACUUGAAGCGGAGGCCAAGCUCAGAAGAACGAAGGAGAAGAAACGGGUUCAGGCCUCCAUUGCUGCCCUGAAAGCAGAAGUUGAAGCCAAGAAGAGGGAGGAAAGUCACGCCAAAAUUCUACUUGAUCAUACGGAGUCCAUGUCUCAAGCAUCUUUAAAUCACAAAAAACAGUCUCGUAAGCGCCUUCAUCUACCUUCCACUCUGUCUGGAAUCCCUCUGAAUCCUGUAUUAGCACUAUUCCAGUCGCUCGAAAAGCACUCCAACGCUCUCAAAUCACUGCAAACUCAGUAUAAGAGUCUUCAGGAGAGGGAAAAACAACUAUCGGAUGUAUUGCGUAACCUCAAAGAAGGAUAUAACCCUAAUUAUCAGGAUAUGGCUGUUCUCGAGGCU